GUGAUCUCCCCUGUCGCACGCUCUUCAAAUAUCCGUGGCGACUCUUUUUCCAGCGUAUUUCAACAUGGAUGCUCAAGAGAGAACGUUGUAUGUUGGUAAUUUACCAGAGAAAAUUACCGAAGAAUUACUUUAUGAAUUAUUUUUACAAUCUGGUCCAUUGGAGAAAGUGUUUAUACCCAAGGAAAGAUCAUAUGCUUUCGUUCAGUUUAAGCACUCAGAAUCCAUUCCUUACACACUUCAGAUCUAUGAUGGGGUUUCAUUACAUGGUAAAGUUUUAGCUCUUCGGGCUCGUCAGCCACGCAUGAACAAUCAGCCAGAAGAAUACCAGCCAAGAGAGACAAGUCAAGGAAGUAGUCCUUAUGGCAAUCAUGGCAAUCGAUCCACAGGUGGUUAUUUUCAUCAGCAUUCUAAUUACGAUAAUAACAGGUACUUAAACCAAAAUGCUGGUUACACACACAAACAGAACUUGCCUAACAUGAUGCCAGACAACAGCCGCUAUGAACAAAGGCAUCACAGAUAUGAUCACAUGUCUAAGGAUUCUGGCAGAAACCCACGGGGAUCUGGUUAUAGAAAUAACUCAGGUUACCGACAUGAACCUUAUAAGAGAUAUUAAUUGAAGGAGUUUCCCCACUUCAUAAAGUUUUUUUUUUUACACUCCAUAGGGUAAUUCCAAGAAUCCACUCCCUUUUUUUUUUUUUUAAAUAUGUCUCUGAAACAAAGAUAGCAAGAAAUUUGUUAUUUUUUUUAUAUAUGCAUAUAUAUAUAUACUCAACUUUGUUGAAAUAUUUUUAUCAGUCCAAGAGUCGAAGUUUGUGUAUUCACAUAUAUGUAUUGUGAUUUUAUUUUGUCAUUUGCAAUCUACUCCCUUCAUGUGUGCACAUGGACAUGUGUGUUUAUAUAUUUUAAUUACCUUUAAAUGUUAAGCUGUUAAAAAGAAUUUCCCAAAUGAUUAGAAUUAAGUUUUUGUUUUUAAAAGUAUAAACUAUUUCAUUAUCAUUCAAUCAAUAGUCCAUAAUAGUCAUUAAUGGUUUCUCUGUCCAUGUCGACCUUUGAAUUUUUUUAGGUCAAGUAUGUAACCUUAAGUGACAUCUUAACUGGGAGAAUAUGAAAGUGAUGACUGAAACUUUGUGCAGCAGAAGUACAAUCCUCUCUGUCACAGAUAUUGCAAUUCAUGUGCUGCAAAAUGAUUGGGUGACUUCUCUAACUGCAGUGAAUGGUGAUAACCCCUUUGCUGAAUCACCUGUUGUCACACACAGUACAGUACUAUCAUUCUAGUUCUUGUAAUUUGGUUGGUACUGUUGUGUAUUAAAUUCUUAGAAUUUGGCUAUUUUGACUUGAUGUCAACUCUUUUGGCAUCAACCUGCCAGAGACAGCCACUGGUUCUAUGAUACAGAUUUCCUAUUUUUAAGUGAUAUUUAAAUUAAUACCUUCCAUCAAAAUUUCCUGUUCCAAACACAAACAUGGUAAUAAGGAUAUUUUGUUAAAUUCUUAAUUUAGAAAUGAAACAAAGGCAGUGUAUUUCUACAGAAAUAUGGUAACAAAAGGAUUAAAGCAGUUUCCAGUGGGGUGUAGCUGUUGCACAUGCAAACACUGGCUAUUUGAUGCCUCUUUUCAGAUGAAUGUCUAAGUCAGCUAGGAAAGAAUAUUUGGUGGCAGAUGAAGGGUCUAUGACAAAACCUCCUUCUAAAGAAAUCAUAUUUCCCCAACAUCGAUGAGCAAUUAUAAACAGCUAAACUCUACAAUAUUCGCUGUUGAUCAUCCUCCAUGUUGAGACACAAUUAUCUUCAUUAUCCACAAAUAAACCUUGUCAAUUGCA